AUGGAGUUUCCAACUCCCUCGGCGCAUCAAUGGGGCGGAUGUUCUGCUACAUUACUCCACAAGGUCGCGCGCCGUGCAAAGUCAGGCGGCAAAGAUGAGUCAGGGCUAGGCAGGUUCUCAUGGAUAAAGAUCCGGGGCAGGGACAUCCGACAGCAGGAGUCUCAGACUGAUGGGCCCCCGGCUGGUCCUUUAGAUCUUGUGGUGGUCUCUGCAUAUCAUCCGAACAAGGUGGCCAAAGCACUGAAAUGGUGGUCCAACGGCGUCCGCCUUACUGGUGGCGCCAUCCGACCAGAUAAAUCCUUUUGGUAUCUGAUUGACUUCAAGUGGAAUGCCCAACAAGGUGUAUGGAAAUUCCGGCGGAAGGGGGAUUUCAAACCAUCUCUUCUUCCCACAGGAAUGUCGGAAAUUGCGGUUGAACUGGAUGAUCUGGAUGGCACUCCAGUGCAUCUACAGUGGUUGGAACCGGACAAAUCGGCGAAGACUUUGGGUAUCCUGAUGUCCCCCUGCUCAAACAGGAAAGCACAACUUGUGGUGAUGCAGGGAAAAGCAAAAGCAUGGGCGGAUCAGAUCCAACCUAGCUUCCUCCACCGAUAUGAUGAGUGGGAUCAGCUCCUCUCCCCAGUGCUCAGGGCGGCACUUCCAAAGGCUGGUAUCUGCCGCAACUUUCCUCGUGCUAUGGUCUAUGCCCCUAUUGCACCUCAAGGAGUGGGUGUCCCUCAUCCGUACGGUCUCCAAGUCAUCAAGCACUUGGAUAUGCUACUUCGCCAUCCUGCCAAUAAGACCAAGACGGGCGCCUUCUUGGAGGCAGUCCUUCAGGCACACCAGCUUGAAACCGGUACCUCAUACGGCCUCUUCCAACAAGUCUAUGCCAACACCUCCAUCCUGGCGUCUGACACGUGGGCAAAGCGGACCUGGGGUGAACUCGACUCUCUCUCCAUCCACCUGGAGUUUGAUUCCCCUUCUCUUCAGCCUCUACGCCAAGGAGACCAACUGUUAGUCGACCUGUUCAUCGACUCUUUGGUGGACCAACUUACUUUGAAAUGGCUCAACUGGUGUCGGAUCUUCCUGCACGCAGUCACUCUUUCUGAUAUUGUGAAUGCUGAAGGGACGGCGAUUACUCUGAAAGCAUGGAAAGGGCUAAGAGCGGACAGCUGUUCUGAUUGGUACCAAUGGCCCCGUACUGCUCGUCCGUCUAACCAAUGGUGGACUGCUUGGCAGCAAUGGAUUUCUACUCACCUGACCGGCCACUCCAACCGACGCCGUCUCAGUUCUCCGUUAGGCCCAUGGCAUUCUGUUGACUUAUCCUGGAAGUGGCAAUACUCCCCCUCUACCAAUACCCUGUCUUCCCUAGCCGUUCUCCAAUCCACAAGAGCCGGGUCCUCCUCCACUCUACGGGCCCUAACCAACCAGCCGAACCACCUGCCCCCCCAUCCUCCAUCCUUGACCUCUUACAAAGCUAAAGUGGGCACAGCAUGCGCUCAAAUUCUCACUGAGGACCGCAGGGAUAUCAUCUGGAUCACCUGCCAAACCCCUGGGAAAUUUGACGACCAGAGUUCCACGCGCAGCGAAUUGAUUGGCCUUAUGGCCUCUCUCCUGGUGUUGGACUGGAUGUCUCAGGUCGCCCACCUGAAACUCUUUGCCAGCCAACCAUCGGUUGAGAUGGCCUGCGACGGGCUCAUAGCUCUUGAUAAGUCCUUCUCCGAAUUCCACCUGUCAUCGUCUGGUGCCCAAUUUGAUCUGGCCUCAACCAUCCGGGCCUUGCUUCGCCACCUUCCCCUCCAAGUUCAUCGGCGCCAUGUUAAAGGCCACCUGGACAAGCACCGGCCUUUCUCCCAACUGGACUGGUGGGAGCAGCGCAAUGUGGAAGUGGACUCCAAAGCACAAUCCUACCGCCGCCUGCUGGAGUCUACAGGCCGAUCUGCCGCCUCCAACCCCCGCUUCUUCCAUGAACCUGUGUCCUUGUUCAUUGAUGGCGUUAAGUCGUCCCGACUGGAUCAGGCUCACAUCAUGGAGCUGGUCUCUCUUCCUGCCCUUCGUACGUAUUGGCCCUCCAAGGACCGCCUCUCCAAGCAGUCCAUCCGGGAGGUCAAUUGGUUGUCUCUUGCACGCGCCAUGAAGGCCCUCCCAGCAAAUCUACAACGCUGGACACCCAUGCAUAUCUCCGGUAUGACAGGUGUGGGAAAAUUCUUGGCCAUUUGGAACCGUUCGACGAAGAGCUCCCGCCCCAGAUGCUCCUCCUGCCCCGUGGAAGAUCACCUCCGUGUCCCCUGCUGUUCUGCUCCUACUGCAGCUGCAGAAUGGUCAAAACGCCAUCUGGCCUUCCGGACCUGGAUGCAGACUCAGCAUACUGCCCCAGAGAUUGAAGCCUUCCUCUUCGAAUACCUGAAGACAGUCUGUCAGACUUCCUUGGGCGUCCCCACCGUCCGAGCCUGGUCCCGCCAUCCCCACCUCUUCCGAAGUGCCAUCUCUUCCCAAGCCACGUUUGGGGCCCAGGGUCUCCUUGAAGGCCUAGUGUCCCCCAACUGGAGACACCUGCAGGCCCUUCACUUCUCCUACAUUGGCUCCAAGAAGUCUGCCAACCUUUGGGCCUCCCGCCUGAUCCAACAACUGAUCAGGAUCGGGCACUACAUGUGGAAAGACCGCAACCGGCUUGCCCACUCUGAAGACAGCUCCUGGUACACGGCUCGCAAGCGGGAGAUUGACAUCGGCAUCCGCGAACAGUUCGCCAUGGGCCUGAUGGAUAUCCCCCCACGCUCGCAGUACCUCUUUCGGGACUCCCGCGAAACUGUCCUCAACAAAUCACUCGAAGAUCGUCAACAUUGGCUGCGCCUUGUCUCCCAUGAGAGAGCGAUCAACCGUCGCUCUCUAGCCAGGCAACGCCAGAUGAUCUUUGACCUGGCGCGACCCGCCAACCCAACAUCGACUCGGCCAA